GUUAGGCGCUGAUGUUCGUCCAAUCGUGUUUCGUUUCGUUUCGGUUCGUUUCGACCCGCCGACGGACGCUUUAGUUUGGCUGCAACGCUUUGCUGAGAACAGACUAAACCGAAAAGGCAAAACCAAACAAACCAAACCAAACAAUCCAAACAAGUCGAAGAAAUCGCCGUCGGAAAGUGGGAAAGCCGUUAAAUAACGCGACGAAUUUAACUCUUUUUUUUCGGUGUUAGUGUUGUUCCUCCUUUUUUUUUUUGGUAAAGUUUUCUUGUGUGUCUUAGGACGUUUGUUUUCUUUUUUGUCGGGGAAAUGCGCGCGCGCAUUUAAAGAAGUGACAGGAAAACUACAAAAAACGCAGCUGCCAUCUAUGCAUCUUAAACCUACAACAACAACAGGCGAAAUAACAACAACAGAUACAGAACAAGGAAACAAAAAAAAGGAGGAAGAAGUCAACUUGCAACACAAUCGUUGUUGCUUUUUGGCCCCUGAACUUGGCGGCCGAAAUCCUUUUGGCAGGCGUCGUAAGGAGCCGCUCGGCAGCGGCAGCUGCGGCGGCGCCGCAUGGAUCAUGCCGUGAAGGCGACGCGCGGCCGCCCGCUCAACACGCUGCGCUUCGAGAACGACGAGCUGGAAUGCCUCUACCAACGGUACACUCUCAAGCUCCAGCGCUUCUCGGUGCUGGGCGUGGUGGCCCUCGUCUUUGUCCUCUGCGGCGUGAUGGCGGCCCUGUCGCUGACCUUCAAUAAUGCAGCCACCUUUCAUAACAUUUUCAAUGCUAUAGUUUGUGGGCUAUUUGCGGUGGUGCUGGUGCUGCUGCAGUGCUCCGUGAUUAAGGACCACCACCUGCCCACAUUAUGCUACGGAAUCCUGCUCUUCACGGCCAGCAUCUGCGUGGUGUCGAUGCCAACGCUGGGCAGCGUUUUCCCGGUGGACACCAAGGAGGUGAUGGCCGAAGGCGUUUGGCAGAUCGUUUUCGUGGUCUUCCUCGCCUAUGCCAUGAUGCCGCUGCAGAUUUGGGAGGCGGUGGCCUUCGGCAUUGCACUGCCCUCGGUGCACAUUAGCCUGACGGUCUAUAAGAUAUUCACGGAUGCGUUACGCUACUUGGAAUACAACCAAUUGAUUGCCAAUAUUGUCAUCUUUAUUGGUGUAAAUGUGGCUGGUCUGGUGGUGAAUAUCAUGAUGGAACGGGCUCAGCGACGCACUUUCCUCGACACACGCAACUGCAUUGCAUCCCGGCUGGAGAUCCAGGAUGAGAAUGAGAAACUGGAGCGUCUGUUGUUAUCGGUGCUGCCACAGCAUGUGGCCAUGCAGAUGAAAAACGACAUCCUGUCGCCGGUGGCUGGCCAGUUCCAUCGCAUCUACAUCCAGAAGCACGAGAAUGUGAGCAUCCUGUUUGCGGACAUCGUUGGAUUCACGGUACUCUCCUCGCAGUGCAGUGCCCAGGAGUUGGUCAGGCUGCUCAACGAGCUAUUUGGCCGCUUCGAUCAGCUGGCUCAUGACAACCAUUGUUUGCGAAUUAAGAUCCUUGGCGACUGUUAUUAUUGUGUCUCUGGAUUGCCAGAACCUCGAAAGGAUCAUGCCAAGUGCGCCGUGGAAAUGGGACUCGAUAUGAUCGAUGCCAUUGCCACCGUCGUGGAGGCCACCGACGUCAUCCUGAACAUGCGGGUGGGCAUCCACACGGGCCGGGUGCUCUGUGGUGUUUUGGGUCUUCGCAAAUGGCAGUUCGACGUCUGGUCGAACGAUGUAACAUUGGCAAAUCACAUGGAGUCGGGUGGGGAACCGGGACGAGUGCAUGUGACACGUGCCACCCUGGACUCCUUGUCGGGCGAGUACGAAGUGGAAGCUGGCCAUGGCGAUGAACGUUCCUCGUACUUACGCGACCAUGGCGUGGAUACCUUCUUUAUAGUGCCACCGCCACAUCGUCGCAAGCCACUAAUGCUCAACACGCUGGGCGUCCGUUCGGCGAUUGGCAGUCGACGGAAGCUCUCGUUUAGAAACGUGUCCAAUGUGGUUAUGCAGCUGCUGCAUACGAUCAAGUUCUCGGAACCGGUGCCAUUCUCUAACAUUGCCACCGGAUCGUUUCCCUCGGCGGCCAAUGCUUUGGGCGGCGGGGUGGCAGUCGGUGGCGGCGUGGCAAGGGGAAGCACCUGCGAGGCGAAUGCCGGAAGCGUUCAGGUUUCCGAGAAGGGAUCACGCAAGGUGAUACGACUGCAAAAGAUCUUGCAUGCAACACCGCCACCGCACGGCAUGAACUAUGGCAGCGUCGUCGGAAGUGGCGGCGGCGGCGGCUGCGGUGGUGUUGGUGUUGUUGGUGGUGGUGACAACGGUAUUUCCGGUGGUGGUGGUAACACCGGUGGCGGUGGGGGCAGUGUUCAAGUGACCGUAGGCACAAAUCCCAACUCUACAGCGAGUACGAUUAGUCGCAUUCAUAGGCACAAUCACAAGAACAAUAAAUCGCAGUCCAAGGUGGCGGACAAGUUCAAGAGGCCAUUCCGGAAGCGGCAUUCGGUGGCUGCCCAUCAUCAGCCCACCAAUCGGGUGAAUCGAUUCCUCUCCCAGGCGAUCAAUGCCCGGUCGGUGGACUGCGACAAGUCGGAGCAUGUGGAUCGGCUGACGCUGCGCUUCAGGCAGAGCGACAUGGAGCGGGAAUACCACAAGGACUUCGAUCUGGGCUUCACCACGGCAAUGGGUUGUUCUCUACUCUUGCUCAUCCUGGGUGCGGCACUACAAGUGACCGCACUGCCACGCACCUUGAUCCUGCUGCUGCUUUUUCUCUUUGCUUUCAUAUGGGUGAGCGCUAUCCUGAUGCUCCUGCUGGCCGUGCGGCUUAAGUGGAUCAUAUGGGACAUCUCGGAAAGCUUUUCUCUGCGUAUGGCCAUUACGAUUUUCACGGUUAUACUCAUUUACUCCGUGGGACAAGUGAACGUGUUCACGUGCGUCUCGGACCAUCCGUGCUCGGGCAAUGCAACGACCUCCUUUCAGAACGACUCUCAUCGCAAGUGCUCGCUGCCCCAGUACGUGUCCCUAUCGGCUGCCUUUGCCUUUCUAUCUGUGUCCGUUUUCCUCAGGCUGCCCAUAAUAUUCAAGUCGCUGCUGGUGCUGGGCAUGGGUACCAUCUAUGGACUGUUCAUAGAGCUGUCGCAUCAGAACAUUUUCGAGUGCUACGACAACCGGGUCAACGCCUCGAUUCCACUUCACUUGAUCUCGCUGGCUCGGAUUGCCAUCUUCAUGAUUGCCAUUCUGGUGCAUGGCCGACUGGUAGAGGGCACUGCCCGGCUGGACUUCCUGUGGCAGUUGCAGGCCUCGCAGGAGAAGAAGGAGAUGGACGUGCUGCAGGAGUCCAAUAAGCGCAUUCUGCACAAUUUGCUGCCCGCUCAUGUGGCUGCACAUUUCCUCGAUGCACAAUUUCGCAACAACAUGGAGCUCUACCAUCAGAGCUAUGCCAAGGUGGGCGUCAUCUUUGCCAGCGUACCGAACUUCAAUGAGUUUUACACGGAAAUGGAUGGAUCUGAUCAGGGUCUUGAGUGCCUGCGACUCCUCAACGAGAUCAUCGCGGACUUUGAUGAACUGCUUAAGGAAGAUCGAUUCCGUGGCAUCGAUAAGAUCAAGACCGUCGGCAGCACCUAUAUGGCUGUGGUGGGCCUUAUUCCCGAGUACAAGAUCCAACCCAAUGAUCCAAACUCUGUGCGGCGCCACAUGACAGCACUCAUUGAAUACGUCAAGGCCAUGCGGCACUCGCUGCAGGAAAUCAACAGUCACUCCUACAACAACUUUAUGCUGCGUGUGGGCAUCAACAUAGGACCUGUGGUGGCUGGCGUAAUUGGAGCUCGCAAGCCGCAGUAUGACAUCUGGGGCAAUACGGUUAAUGUGGCUAGCCGCAUGGACUCCACAGGAGUGCCUGGUUACUCCCAAGUAACCCAAGAGGUUGUCGACAGCCUGGUGGGCUCGCACUUUGAGUUUCGCUGCCGCGGCACCAUUAAGGUGAAGGGCAAAGGUGACAUGGUCACCUACUUCCUGUGCGACAGCGGCAACAAGUCGCUUAACGGAGAGGUGCGGAAUGCCAUGUCUCUGCCGCAGAGUCUCCAUGCGCCGGACUAUUACAUGAAGGUCUCGCAGUUCCCGGAGAAUCGCGUGAAUACCGACACGUACAGCAAGAAGGAGAACGGGCAUUUGUACGGCGGAACUGGUGGCGAGGAGCAACAGUUACUGUUGCAGCAUCAGCACAAACAGCUUGAUCCGCUGCCCCUUCCCGCCCCUCCGCCUCCGGUGCACCAUCAUCUGCAUCAGCAGCAACAGCAACGCCUGAACAGCAAGCUGCAAAAGCAACCAAUCUUUAUGGCCAAUGGGGGAUUACCCAAUAUCCGGGAGAAUGGCAACGGGCACAACGGCGAGCAUCAACCGCAACAGCAACAACAGCAGCAGCAGCACGGUGGAUUCAUUGUGGCAACGACGACACCGCCGGCUGCAGUGGCGGUUCCCCUCCAGCCCCAGCACCACCAACUCCAGUUCCAGCACCAGCACCCGCACUCGCAUCCACUACCGUCAGCAGUGGCGGUUCCAGUGCAGCACCAGAUCCUACUCCACCACCAGCUCCAGCUCCAGCAUCAGCCCGUUCCUCCGGUAAUGUUGCGCGAGUUUAAUAUUAUUGAGAAUCCAACUUCCGGUGGCCGGCAUCCGCAGAUGGAGCAGCUGCCGCCGCAUCACGGCAGCCUCGACCUAUCGGGAACGGGCAUGGGUAUGGGAAUGGGAAUGGGUGUAGGUACUGGCGUGCUCGGCGGCGACUGCUUCAUGAUGCCAAGGCGAGAUCGAGAUCGCACGUAUGUGCCGCCCUUAAAUCAGCAUGGCCAUCAUCCACCGCAUCACCUCCAUUCGAAUAUGAAUCUGAAUCUGAAUCUGAAUCAGAACCCGAACCAGAACCAGAACCAGCACCCGCCAUCGUUCACCAGCCUGGGCUAUGGCCAAUGCCGGGAGAGCGAGCCGCUAUUGCAUGCCAGCAGCGUCGCGCCGGUAGCCAAGAUCAUGCCCAUGCAGCAUGCGCCAAAGUACGAGCCACCACGUUACACUUCUCCCCACACCGUGUUGUCGCAGCAGCAUCAGCAACAUCAGCAUCAGCAGCACCAGCAGCAACAUCAUCCCGCCCAGGACCAGCAGCUACACCCCAGCAUGGAGCAACAAGCGCAUCCAUCGCAGAGACAGUACGCCAUGUAUUCACAGCAGCCUCAGUUGCCGCCGAAGCCAGCGCUGAGGACGUACAUGAAGCCGCUGCCGAAACUGCCGGCGGAUUUGGAGGAGAGCCGAGACAUGUCCUCAACGGACGACCUUAGCUCGCGUCCACACUCGCCCUCGAUGAGCAGUUCGGAUGAGAGCUACUCGAAGACCACCGAGGGCGAGGGUGAAGGCGACGAGGAUUCGCCACGUAUCACAAACGGUGGCCAUCUGCAUCAUCGCAAUGGCUAUCAUUUGCCCGCCGGCGGUCUGGUCAAUCCAUUGCAAUGGCUCUAUCCCUGCGACAUUCAGGUGGAUCCCACCUCACCGGUCGUCGACAUGACCCAGUUACAUGACUUUGAACUAAGCUCCACCACCGAGAGCCAGGGCCAUCACACCACCAGCAACACGACGAGCAACACCCAACACAAGGGCGAUAGCUGCAAUAGCUUUGACUAUCAAAAGGCGGCAGCUGGAGCGGGAACGGGCAUGGCCAUUGCCACCAAGUCGCCCUUCGAGCGAGAGUUACAGCGUCUGCUCAACGAAUCCUCGCGUGCCCGUUGCCUGGCGACUGCCACCACGACAGCUGGUGCUGUCUCCACCACGGAUCACACGGCCAGCAAUGGCAGUCGAGAGAUGAGCUAUUCCCUCAGCAAUGGAAAAUUGAGCUCUACAAAUGGUCAUGGGGCCACGGGAUCGGGAUCGGGAUCUGGAUCAGGAUCAGGAUCGGCGGUGGGCAAUGGCAGCGGCAGCAGCAAUGGCAAUCUCAGCGGCGGCAGCGGCAGCAACUCGAACAGCGGCAACAACAACAGCAGUCACCACAAACCGGACCAGCAGCAGCAUAUGGAUCACGAGCUCCUGGCCGGUGGCAAGUUGCCGGGCAGUAAUAGCUUCAUGAUUGCCAAGCAUCCGGUGGGCUUGGAGGCCAUCAAGGAGAUAACGCGCAACAAGAACCCUUCGGAAUCAAGCCAAAUGAUAUCCGAUUCUUGCAGGCAAACCUCGGACACGGAAUCCUGCGAGAUUCUGCACGAGAAUCGCAAUCAGAUGCAUGUCCUGGCCAUGCUGGAGAUGCAUGCGGCCAAGGAACUGAACGGCAGUCAUGUACACCAUGUGCAACAUCCCCAGCCGCAUCAGCAGCAGCAACAGCAGCUGAGGACACAUCGCCAGCGACCGCGCUCCAAAGAGCUGCAGUACAGCCACGAGAGUCUGGACGGACUGGAUGGAGCGGUGCAGCCGCAGUCACAGCAGCGCCAUCAACGCUACCAUCACCACCACCAUCACCACCAACAGAGGCAGCAGCAACAGCAGCGCUACAAUCAUGUCCAGGAGCAGGAGGAGCGUGACGACACCGAGGACAACCUGGCCGAUGAGGAGUUUGAGGACGAUGAAGUGGGUCGCGAUGUGCGACAAAAGCGACUACAGAAGCCGGACCUCAAUCACAAAUUACGAGCAGAGGCUGCUGCCGAGGCGGGCAAUCACGAUGAUGAGGAAGAGGAUGAUGACGACGAUGAUGAUGAAGAGGAGGAAGACCACCGGGAUGGAGGGCACAGGGAGGCAGCGCCACUGACGAACGGCAGUAUGCGCGGCCUGGAGGCCAAUGUGAUAAACGACGAGUUAAAGUACGGAGCGGCCCAUCUCAACCACCAGUCCAUGGACUCCAAUCCAUUGGAGAGCCAAUCGGAAUGGUCGGACGACGAUUGCCGUGAGGAAGCAACAGGGGGAGCGGAGUCCACUGGUUAUAUUACGGAUGAACCGGGACUGGAGAACAUUUCGCUACUGAACGAAGCAGGUCUCACCGAUGCCGAGGGCGCCCUCUCAGACGUUAACUCGCUGUAUAAUGCGCCGGACGUGGACGACACCUCGGUGUCCAGUCGGGCUAGCUCCCGCCUGCUCAGCCUGGAUUCGCUGAGCGGCCUUUACGACUGCGACCUGGACUCCAAGCAUGAGCUGGCCAUUGUCAAUGCCUCGCACAAGAUCUCCAGCAAAUUUGGACAGCCCCCCUCGCCGGCACAGCAACAACAGCAGCAACACCAGCACCAACAACAGCAGCAGCAUCCGCAGCAGACUCAAUCCCAAAUACAAGCCCAAUCGCAUUUGGCUCCGAUUCAGUUUCAGUCAGCAGAGGAGCUGAGAGAGUAAAGAUUGAAAGUUCUUGAGGAGAAAGAGGAGAAGGAGGAGGGAGCGUUAAACACUCAAACGUUGUUAUUGCUAUACAAGCAAAUGGUGUCUAAUAAUUUACAAUAAACCAACCUAAACUAAAGUAAACUAAAUCUAGAAUAGGUGACAGAUAUAUCUAUAUCUAUAUAUAUAUUUAUGUGUGAAAAGAAGGAGAGGCACUUAAAGCUGCUCUAUGGCACCCCUAGAUGUAUAAGCCCCGUUUACUUUACCUUGGCUAAAUCAUGCCUAUCAUAGGUAUUAAACUCGUAUAUAUAUAUAUAAAGAUAGUAUAUGCAAAAGAAAAAUCUAUAUGUAUUGAAAGUAAAGAUAAAGUAGUCAUUGGUUAAACAACGUCGCCAAUUGGCCCAGUUAAAAGCGUUCCAGUUACUAUCCAGCGAAAUUCAACUUGAUAUUUAGACGCAACUUGAGAGAUAUCCACAAUGCUAAUCCAUGAAAAUUCAUCAUUUAGUGCGCUUAGUCCAUCCUAAGGACUUAAUUGGAAGGAUGGGGGGGAGGAACGAUCGCUAACCCUCUGUCCAUCAACCAUAUGUUAUUAACGUACGAAUAUAUUCAUAUGUAUGUGUAUAAUUUUGAUAAUCGAAUAAGCAAAGAUUUUGGCCAUUUAUACGAAGCCACAACCAAUGCAUGACAAGAUGUAAAUAAACUAUAAAGUGUUAUAUAUAAAUAUUUUUCCGAUAUUAUUGUAAGGCUCUAUUCAAAUUGCCCAUAGACUGCGUCACCUUAAAUUCGAAUUUUAAAAUUAAAAAAAAAAAUGAAAUCGAAAAAUCUCUUUGAAACAAAUUGAGAAAUUUUGGAUAAUUAAAAGUCCCUUGUGGAAGAUACGUAAA